GAUUGAGUAUUACCCAGACGCCAGACCAGACGUCAUUCUCAGUGUGUUUAGCGACUCUGUGCUACUUGGACCUACGCAACUAUGCUUAAAAAUCCAAAAUACAUCUACGGACCAUCAGAUCGAUUGGUCCCAGCUAAUAUAAACUUCGGUGAUUUCAUUUUACGAAAAAUAAAUGAAAAUAACGAUAAAAUCGCUUUGAUAAACGGAUCUACUGGAGAAGAACAGACGUACCAUGAACUUCAACAAGAAGCUAUAAAUCUCGCCAUCUCCCUCACACACUUAGGCGUUAAAAAGGGAGACGUAAUCGCCAUUAGUUCAGAAAAUCGUAGGGAAUUCUGGAGUACUCUAAUUGGAAUUUCUUGCACAGGAGCCAUCGCUACCACGAUUAAUGUUGCAUAUACAAAUGAUGAACUCAAACACGUUAUGUCAAUUACGAAACCGAAAUAUAUAUUUUGUUCACCACUCGCUUAUAAAGCGCAUAAGAAGGUGUACACAAGCCUCAGUCAUUUGAAGAUGAUCUUCUUAUUCGGUAAUGAAAGCCCCCCAAAUACAAUUUUAUACAAAAAUCUAGCGAUAGCGAGCGAUGAUGACACAACAAAUAACGUUAAACGUUACAAAAUAACGCGUAACGUUAAAUUUGAGGAAUUCCAAUCGGUCGAUGUGGAAGGUCAAAACGACGUGGUGCUUAUUUUAUACUCGUCGGGAACAACGGGAUUGCCGAAGGGCGUGAUGCUGACACACCUCAAUGUAAUCGCAUUAUGCUCGCCUACUUUAGUAUUACCACCAUGGAAACCAUUGCAUAUCACUCCAUGGUAUCACGCGAUGGGACUCAUCAGUGGCUUAGCGAACUUCUGCAAGGGCGCCACUGCGGUCUACCUGCCCAAGUUCGAGGUGGAAUUAUACCUAAAGACUAUAGAAAAAUAUGAGAUAUCACAGUUGGCGGUAGUGCCUGCUAUGCUUAUAGCUUUGUGCAAAUCAAAUUUACAAUAUGAUACAAGUUCUGUCCAAAUAAUAUUCUGCGGAGCUGCACCUUUAUAUGAAGAAACCGCGCAGGCUGUUAAGCAGAGAUUUCCGAGCGCACGCGCUAUUCUACAGGGUUACGGGAUGACCGAAACGACUCUCGCUAUUUCGAUUAAUUUUAAUCCUGACAAAAUCGGUAGUGUUGGGACGGUAAUAUCACACACCGUUGCUAAGGUCGUGAAUCCAGAAACAAGAGAAGCCCUCGGUCCCAACGAAAGGGGCGAAAUAUGCGUGAAAAGCAUUAUGGGUAUGAAAGGCUACGUUGGGAAGGAUAGACGUGAUGACUUCGACGAUGAAGGUUUCCUGAAAACCGGUGACAUUGGAUACUAUGAUGAAGAAGGAUAUUUGUAUAUCGUCGAUCGAUUAAAGGAACUUAUUAAAUACAAAGCCUAUCAGGUACCACCAGCAGAAUUAGAAGCAGUGCUACUCAAAAACCCUGACAUCCGAGAGGCUGGUGUGAUAGGUAUCCCACAUCCCACCGCUGGGGAAGUUCCACUAGCGUUCGUUGUGUUACAACCAGGCAAAACGCUUACGGAGAAGGCUGUGCAGGACUUUGUUGCUGAACGUCUCUCAAAUCCUAAACAUCUACGCGGUGGAGUCAGAUUUAUAAAUGAAAUACCAAAGAACCAAACUGGCAAGAUAUUGAGAAAAGAAUUAAGAAAAAUGGCAAAGUCGAGUAAAAGUAAACUCUAAUAUAAAAACUGUACUAUAAAGUUCUUUUUAUUUUGGUGUUAAAAGGUUAUAAAGAUUUGAAUUUAUUGUGUAUGCGUGUGUAUGUUUGGAAAUAUAAUUAAAUCAGAAAAAUACGAUAAUUUUUUGUAUAAAGUUGUAGGGAUAGUAUAUUUUUAAUAGGAAUUAUUCAAAUGUGUCAAUUCUGUGGGUUAGUUAAAUUUGAUAAUGUAAUUAAAGACUGCUCUGAUUUGGAUGAAAUUGAUAAUAUUAUUUAUUCUGUGGUGAAUUGUAAAAAAAGGUUUAAUAAAAUAAAAAAAGUCAUUUUUAA